AAGACGUUAGUUACAGCAGCAACCGGUAUGUGUGUGUCAGAGCCUGAAACUCGUACAGAGCUAAUGGCAAACCCGGGCAAGCCUCGGAGAGUGAAUAUCAGCUCUCUGACCCAAUCCUCCCAGCAUCAGUGGCUCAGUGAGGUAUUGGCAAGGCAGUAUGGUGAGGAAUAUGUCACACGGACGCAGCUCCCACUGAGCACCUAUUGGCGUUUUAAUGCACAGAGACAAGACCAGGACGUGGAGAUUCUGUAUCACACUAAACUCAUGGGCCGCCUGAACCUGUGUGAUGGACGAGACUCCCUUUACUCAUUAUACCUCAAGGAGAUGUUUCGCAAAGUGGGUGAAGGCAAUGUGAUUGUCGUGGUGGAUGAUGUGACUGGUGAAACAGAUCGGAUUAAGCAACGAUUACGACGGGAGCAGCCCACUCUGCAGAAGUGUCAGGAAUUGUUUGUGUUCACAACCUCAGAUUGCAAAGCAGAUAUAAUCGCCGAAUUCUUUGGCAAAUUUGUUGUUACAGAAAAAAAGAAACGGGAUCAGUUUAAUGUUUGGAGGCUGGGUGUGGUCGUACUGUUAUUGCUCAACACGAACAGACCAGCAGGAAUCGCAAUAGUCAUCUUGGUUCUUUUGUACCUUUUCUACAUUGUCACCAUUUCAAGUCCAGACUUUUGAAACGUCUCAAAGCACUUCAAAGGAUAUACUGUAAGGUGGAUUGACUAUUUUUGAGGGCGAAACGCGGCAGUGAAUUGUGAACUACAGUGUCCCACAAACAGUUGUGGAUUCAGUCACCAAAUUAUUAUUAUUAUUUUGAACGGAUUAAUUUAGAGCUGGGGAGUCUAAAACUUUCUAUAGAUAAAAAGAUUUGGUUACUCACCACUCCCCGAGUGGGACACUGUUGUGCGUAAUGGACUAACAAAAAAACAAACUGAAAAGUAAUUAUCAUGAAAACUUCUCCAAUGAUUCAAUUCAAUUCUUACACAAAUAAUCGCUUCAAUGAUACAGUCAGACUCCUUAUGUUUUGAGGCUUGAGGAAUGUUUUGAAUUAGACGAUUAUGUAUGAUCUGGAAAUUCAGUUUUAAUUUUGAUUGAUUUAAUAAUAAUAAUACUUGUUAACUCUUGCCAAAAUCAGUUAAAAUUUUAAUAGAAUUAAUCAUUUUGAUAGAGUUGAUAAUAAAAAAUAUUUAAAAUUAGUUACAAUUUUGAUAGAGUUAAUAAAAAAUAAAUAAAAAGAUGAGUUGUUUUUCACCACUGGAGAAAAAUCUAGUUACAAAUUAAGACUAGAUGUAAGAUUAUAUUUCAAAAUUUCACAUUAUCUUAAAUUUUAAGACGAUAGUUUUAAGUCUAAAACCAUACUGAGGUUUAGAAUCCCUAUUCGUGCAUUCCAGUCACACAGAGCCCUGCUCAUCCCUCGCUUACAGCAAUGUGUUCAGUUUGGGUUUGAUGUUAGGCACGAGUUACCAGAAAAGGAGGCAGUCAAUGACUUUUCUGCAGAUGAAUGCCUGGGUGGAGGGGGCCGGGCUGUGGUAAGAGGGUGGAGGGUGGAGACUUAGGUUAAGGGCAGAUUUGCUUGAGGCAAUUAAUGAGAAACUUGGCGACAGGAUCCAAAUCAAAUGAGAGCUUGGUUUUAACAUUAGUCUCAAGGCAGUUAGACAUUAGGGAGUGAGAACAACAACAACAACAACAAGAUUCCAUUUAUAGAGCGCCUUU